AAUACUGUGUGGUCACAAACUCACAGUCGAAACGAUGCUUUGAAGAAAGUCAAUCACAAAUUUACCAAAUACAAGACAUUUUGACCAUCUGAAUGACUCCAAAUAGAUGACAUCCACAGGUUUAUAGUGUUCACAAGAGAACAUGCCUCGCAAAGGAGGAAUUGGUUGCUUUGGGUCGCGAUCGCAUCAUCCCGAAAUAAGCUAUGGGAUUCAGACUGACGGGGUUCACGUACUACGCGAAUUUACCCAACCAAUGCCGGAAGAGAGCGAACUUAACGUUAAGUUUGCUGAACUGGUGGAAGAACUCGAUCUCACGUCUGUUCAUAAGAAGCUCAUGUUUGAACUUCCCCCAGAGAAGAAAUGGCAACUAUAUCUUUCCAAGAAAAAGGAACAACAAGAACACAGCUCAACAAGUUAUCCUGAAUAUUAUAUUGACCAACUUAAUUCCCUUAGUUCACAAAAGUUAUACUUCUCCAAAGCCACAGAAGAAAAUGAAAGAGCUCAACUACUAGAUGGGCUAAAGACAGCCCUAAGGACACAACCGCUCAGGUUUGUGUAUAGAUUUGUAGAAUUAGAUGGCUUGGCUUGUCUACUAGGAUUGUUAGAGACUAUGGACUUUCAGACAUGCCAAAGUAAGAUUCAUACUGCUAUCAUUGGUUGUUUUAAAGCUCUUAUGAAUUGCUCUCAUGGUAGAGCUCAUGUACUUGCACAUCCUUCAUGCAUCAAUGUAAUAGCACAAAGCUUAUUGACUGAAAAUCUUAAGACUAAAAUCCAAGUUCUUGAGAUUCUUGGAGCUGUGUGUCUUGUUCCUGGUGGUCACAAGAAAGCCUUGGAUGCCAUGACACACUUCCAGAAGUUUGCAGAGGAAAGAACUAGAUUUCAGACACUUGUGAAUGACCUAGAUAGAAGUACAGGAAUUUACAAGGAAGAAUUUAAUUUAAAGAUUGCAAUUAUGUCAUUUAUUAAUGCUGCAUUGAAGUAUGGUGCUGGAGAGGAAUACUUGGAGUUUAGAGUACACUUGCGUUUUGAAUUCCUCAUGCUUGGAAUUCAGCCAGUUAUAGAAAAAUUACGAACAAUGGAGAAUGCUACCUUAACUAGGCAUUUGAACUUUUUUGACAUUGUGAGAACUGAAGAUGAGAAAGAGCUUGCCAGGAGAUAUGGCAUGCCUUUCAUAGACUUCCGUAGUGCUAGUGGUAUGUUAGAAUUACUGAAGAGAAAGGUUGGACAUACAUCAUCAUAUCCACACCUUUUGUCAAUACUGCACCAUCUUCUUCUUCUAUCAAAUGAUCCAUCAGUUGCRCGUCACAUGUGGCAGUUGAUAGACAGAGUUAUUCAACAAGUGGUUUUGCAGCAAGAUGAUGGUGGAGACCCYGAUGUUGCACCAUUAGAAAUYAAUGUUAAUUUCAUCAUGGACUCAUUAAUACAAGAAAGUGUUGGUGGAGUGGAAGAUCUCAAAGCUAAACUUACAAAACGUGAAAGAGAAGUUGAAGACAAGAAGGAAGAGAUGGAGGAGCUCAAGGAACAGGUUGAUAAAAUGGAAGUGAAACUAGAAAGAACAAAUCAGGAACUGCAAGAAGCAAUGCAGAGAAUAAGAGAUCAAGACCAGAAGUUGACUGACUCUCAAUCCAAGCUUGAACUUGAAAGCCGUGAAAGAACGAGGCUUGAGGAAGUGAUUAAAAGUACAGGAGGUUCUAUACCAGAUGAUUUAAAGAUCUCAAAACUCAACAAUGCCAUCAAACCAUCACCAAUGGCAGGUCAUCCACCUCCACCGCCCCCACCACCUCCACCCCCUGGGGGUGCAGCCCCACCUCCUCCUCCACCACCACCAGGACCACCUGGGGGAGGAGCACCUCCUCCGCCACCACCAAGCAGUGGUCCUCCUAGUGCUCCUGGAGGAGGUUUCUUUGGAUUCAGUCGUCAGCCAAAUAGAAAAGCACCCAAACCUUCACAUCCUUUGAAGUCCUUUAACUGGUCUAAACUUCCUGAUUCUAAGAUUAAGGGUACAGUAUGGACUGACAUUGAUGAUGCUGAGGUGUAUGCUGUGAUGGAUUUUGAGGACUUUGAUAGAAUGUUUUCAGCUUAUCAACGCUCUGAUAAURCAGCUCCCAAAGAUGUCACAGAUUCAAAACCAAAAGAGUUGUCACUUAUCGACAACAGACGAGCUCAGAAUUGUGGUAUUUUGUUGUCCAAACUCAAAAUGACAGAUGAAGAAAUCACUGCUGCYAUGUUAAGCAUGGACGAAAAGGAUGAAUUAUCAAAAGACAUGGUUGAACAGCUGCUCAAAUAUGUACCAACAUCAGCAGAAAAAAAUCUCCUGAAUGAACACAAUAAAGAGAGAGAUAAAUUUGCACGGGCYGAUAARUUUCUGUAUGACAUGAGUAGGAUUGUUCAUUAUGAACAGCGGCUUAAAUCACUAUUUUAUAAAAAAAGAUUUACUGAAAGAAUGGCAGAUGUCAAGCCCAAAGUGCAAGCUAUUAUAAGUUCCUGUAAAGAAUUACAUAGAAGUAAAAGGCUAAGAAUUCUACUUGAGGUUGUGUUGGCCUUUGGAAAUUACAUGAACCGUGGUGCUCGAGGCAAUGCUGCAGGUUUCAAGCUUGCAAGUUUGAAUACAAUAAUUGAUACAAAAUCAAGUGCUAAUUCAAAAAUUACUCUUCUUAAUUACCUUAUAACUGUGCUAGAAAAAUCGUAUCCAGACGUCCUUCAAUUAGAACAAGACAUCCCUCACAUACGAACCGCAGCAAAAGUAAACUUAAAUGAAAUGGAAACAGAAAUCAAUUCAAUAAAAAAAGAACUCAAGGAAGUUGAUAAGGAAUUAGAAUUCCAGAGUCGUAAAAGAGAGAGAGUACAUGGCGAUAAGUUCGUCGAGUCGAUAGGCAUCUUUGUUAAAGUCGCACAGGCUUCUUGCUCUGAACUGGAAGAUUCUUGGGAAGAACUCAAACAAAAAUACCAGAAAAUCGUGAAGUUGUUUGGCGAAGAUCCCAAGUCUACCCAGUCUGAUCAGUUCUUUGGAAUAUUUAACACGUUCCUGAUAUCAUUUGCGGAAGCAAGAAAUCAAAAUGAAGAAAUGAAAAAGAAAAGAGAAGCAGAAGAAAGAAAGGCAAAAGCUAUGGCUGAGCAAAAAGAAAAAGACCGACAAAAGUCUGCUGCUCGAAAACUAAUGAAAGAAAAAGAGCAACAACCCAAGUCACAAAAACAAAAAUCGUCAGGGGAUAAYAGAGGGGAGUUUGAUGAUCUCAUUUCUGCUUUACGGACUGGUGAUGUGUUCGGGGAUGAAAUGUCUAAGAUUAAAGGACGUCGGCGUACAGCCGGCCCGAAGAAUACACGCAAACCUCAGGCUAAAUCAGAACGGGAACGGAUUAAUUAACAAUAAAAUAUAGCAUAUUAUUAUAUAGUACGUUAAAUACUACAGUAUUACGUCCAAAUUGACGUAUCUUACUAAAGCAAUACGUAAUCAGUGACGUCAUCUAGUAKAAUGAUCUCAGCAUGACGUCAUCUGCAAUGACGUCGAAUCCAACAUUGACGUCUCUUGCUGCAUUUUAGCAGUGACAUGCUACACARUUUCCUUUUCAUUGGAAAAUGGUCUUGCGUAAGAGACAGUUAUCAGUAUCAUAAAAUCUCCAAUAAGCACGAACACCACAACAAACGUGUUUCACUAACGCUUCGUUCACAAAAAGACAUAAAGAUGAGUAAAAAUGCUUGUGCCUUAAUUAGUAUAGAAGGCUUUUGUCGACGAACAGAUAGAAGAUUCUGGUUUUUUUUUAAUUUCUUAGUAUGUUUACAGGAAUAUUCAUGCUAGUUAAAUGAUGAACACUAGAAAGGAUAUUGUAGGGUCCAGGUCCUUGUAAAAAGCUGUAAUAUAUAAGUUUAAUUCCAGUCGUGUAGACCUGAAUUUUAACAAAGUAAAAUGUAAAAGACUAACAGCCCGAAAAAAAUGAAUUAGUGCUGGUCUUCAAAUAAAGCGCCACAAGAAAAAAUUCUUUAAAUAUCAUUUUUCCUCUUC